UAAAUAAGUUACAACUACAGUAAUAAUUACUUUGUCCACCACAAUCGACACUACAAUAGUGUUUAUGGUAUAGGGUAAAACCGGGAUAGACGCCGCAGCGGGGUAGAUGCUUCAUAUUCUAAAAACCUAACUUCCCCGACCGCGCGACUAGAAAUUAAUUGUAAAGGUAGGGGCCGCACUUACCCCGCACCUCAGUUACCCACGGACAAUCGUGCGUUUCGCUCGUGUGUGUCAUUGUCUCCGCGGCGAAAUUUACGAACACGUCAAAGUUUUGAAGAACCAUUACACGAAAAUAUAAAAGAAAGAAAGGAGUGCCAGUUCGAGUAUGUUUUUGGACUACAGAAAGCCUACAGGCAGCUUUUGAUGAAAUGGACAAAAAAACUAUGGGGAUAAACGAAAUAUCCCGUCAAUUUGGUAUUCUAUCAUGGACAUUGAGAAGACGAUAUGCUGUCAAAAAUAAAACAAAAUUGAUGAUGGGAAAGCAUCCGGUUUUAGAUUUUGACAACGAGAAGACGCUAGUAAAACACAUUCUUAAACUUGGUGAGGCAGGAUUUCCUCCAAAUAGGCAAGCGAUAGUUACGCAUGUUAGCUUAUCAAUUUGCUGAAAAACUAAUUCUGAAACACAAUUUCUACCACGAUAAUGAAAUGGCUGAAGGUGCAUGCUUCAAAAGUUCCAUAGAAUGAAAUACGGAACUAUCUAUCAGACAAGCUGAAGGUUUAUACUGAUACUUAAUAUAGGUUCGAAUAGUUUAUAACAACAAUUUAGAUUUCAUGUUUUUUGUUGGUUAAAUGCUUGUAAAGUAGAUUUUACCAAAAAAAUAUGAUUAUGAAUGUUGUAACUUGAGAAUUUAUAUAUUAAUUAAACAAGCACUCUAAAAUAUUUGAUAAGGGUUCCUAAUUUAUGU